AUAAAGGAUUCAAUUAAGUAAUAACACAAAUAAACAGAGAAGAAGAAAGAAAGAAAAAAAUGGAUUGUAAGAAGGAAGAAACACUUCGUAGAGGGCCAUGGCUUGAAGAAGAAGACGAACGGCUAGUGAAGUUCAUAACCCUUUUGGGAGAACGUCGUUGGGAUUCUUUAGCAAUAGUUUCCGGUUUGAAGAGGAGUGGUAAGAGUUGCAGGCUAAGGUGGUCGAAGAUUGCGAGAAGAUUACCCGGUAGGACUGAUAACGAGAUUAAGAACUAUUGGAGAACUCAUUCUAGAAAGAAAGAGGAAGCUCAAAACUAUGAUAAGGUCAUUGAGUGGAGAGGAAAUACAGGAGAAGAAUUGUUGCACAAGUAUAAGGAAACAGAGAUCACUAGGGCAAGGAACACGUCUCAAGGACAUGGAUUUGAUGAAGUUGUGAAAGAAUUUAACCAGAGAAGUAUGGAAAGUGGUAAAGAAACCAAUUGUGGUAUUUGUGGAAGAGAAAGCUACGGUUUUAUGAAUUCUCCGUAUGAAAAUCGGAUUUCGGAUUGGAUAUCAGAGAUUUCGCCAGACCAGAGUGAAGCAAAUCUUUCAGAAGACCACAGCAGCAGUAGCAGUGAGAACAAUAUUAACAUUGGUACUUGGUGGUUUCAAGAGACUAGGGACUUUGAGGAGUUUUCAUGUUCUCUAUGGUCAUAAUUCUAAAGCUUGUUUAUUUACUUUUUAACUCUUGGAUAAUUGAAUUCGAAAGUGCUAUAUUGAAACAAGUAUUCCAAUAUUCAAGCUCACUAUGAAUCAACUAUGUACAAUUUG